AUGCAAAGGAAGAAUAAAGGGGUGAUCAGACAACUUUAUAGUCAAAUGAAGGGAGAACAACAAAGGCCAAUAUGGAACUGUCUUAUGUUCAACAAUGAUGCAAGGCCAAAGACUUACUUCACAAUGUGGAUCAUGAUGAAUCAAAGGCUAGUAACAGUGGACAGACUGGCUCAAUGGGGAGUUGAAGUAGAGAAGACAUGUGUGUUAUGCAAGAAUAAUGAUGAAAAUGCAGAACAUUUGUUUAUACAGUGGAAGAGAUCAGUUGCACAAAUGUACAAGAUUAUACUGGCUGAAGGCAUCUAUGCACUGUGGAUGGAGAGAAAUAGUCGAAUUUUUGAACAUAAGAGUAGAAAUGAGGAUCAACUUGUUAAAGAGAUAGCCUAUAUAACUAUUGCUAGAACUCCUUCUAGAUUGAAGGAUAAU